AGGGCACCACCACCGUGAUGGAAGGCAACCACUAAGCCCUCCUGCUUCCCACGCAAGUCACGACAGGGUCAGCAAUGGCCAAAAGGAGUUCUUUGUUCAUCCGCAUCGUAGAAGGGAAAAACUUGCCUGCCAAAGACAUUACAGGCAGCAGUGACCCUUACUGUAUUGUGAAAAUUGACAAUGAAGCCAUCAUCAGGACAGCGACAGUGUGGAAAACCUUGUUUCCUUUCUGGGGUGAGGAGUACGAAGUCCACCUGCCGUCCGCCUUCCACUGCAUCGCCUUCUACGUGAUGGAUGAAGAUGCACUAAGUCGAGACGACGUAAUCGGGAAGGUCUGCAUCACCCGUGAUCUGUUGGCGGAGUAUCCCAAAGGCUACAGCGGGUGGCUGAACCUUGCCGAAAUCGAACCCAACGAGGAAGUGCAGGGAGAAAUCCACCUCCAGAUUGAAAUCGUGGACAGCGAUGGGGCGAGGAAGCGGCUGCGUUGCAGGGUGUUUGACGCCAGGAAUUUGGCUCGGAAAGACCGGAAUGGGGCCUCUGAUCCUUUUGUCAGAGUCCGGUACAACGGCAAGACCCAGGAAACCUCUGUGGUCAAAAAAUCCUGCUACCCAAGAUGGAAUGAGACCUUUGAGUUUGACCUGGAUGAAUCGGCACUGGAGAAGCUCUGUGUUGUCGAAGUUUGGGACUGGGAUCUUGUCAGCAGGAACGACUUUUUGGGGAAGGUGGUAUUCAGCGUAGAAGGGCUGCAGACUGUCCGGCGAGAAGAAGGGUGGUUUCUGCUCCAAUCAGACAAAUCUAAGCCAAGCCAGGACGAAGGCAACCUGGGCUCCUUACACCUCCAGGUGCAGCUUCGGGAUGAGACGGUCCUCCCAGCCAGCCACUACCAGCCUCUGGUCCAACUGCUGUGCCAGGAAGUCCGAGCGGGCGCACAGGACAAGAAAGUGCAUCUAAUAACCCUGAUUGACGAGACAACGACUGCCGAGUGCAGGCAGGAAGUUGCCAUCAACCUUGUCAAGCUCUUCCUGGGCCAAGGGUUAGCCAAAGAAUUCUUGGACCUGUUCUUCAAGCUAGAGUUGGACAAAACCUAUGAAGCCAACACAUUAUUUCGGAGCAAUUCUCUGGCCUCCAAGUCAAUGGAAUCCUUCCUGAAGGUAGCAGGGAUGCAGUACCUCCACAGAGUCCUGGGGCCAACCAUCAACCGUAUGUUUGAAGAGAAGAGGCACAUUGAGCUCGAUCCUAGCAAAGUGGAGAGCAAAGAUGUUGGGUGCUCCAGUCUCCAUCGGAUCCACAGUGAGAGCAAUCUCCUCCAGCAAAGCGCCGAGCUGCUGAAAUCUUACCUGACCGACCUGCUAGCCGCCAUCGCCAAGUCCGUCAAGACAUGCCCUGCUCUGAUACGCGCCGUCUUCCGGCAGCUUUUCAAAAGGGUUGGGGAGCAAUUUCCCGAAGAUAAAGACCAGAAUGUGAAAUUCAUCGCCAUCACCAGCUUCCUCUGCCUGCGCUUCUUCUCUCCGGCUAUCAUGUCCCCAAAGCUCUUCCACCUGCGAGAGAAGCACACCGACGCCCGCACCAGCCGGGCCCUUCUGCUACUGGCCAAGGCCAUCCAGAGCGUGGGGAACUUCGACCCGGCCCUCAGCCGCAGCAAGGAAACCUGGAUGAGCCCCCUGCAGCCCGCCAUCCAACAGGGCGUGGCCCAGAUGAAGCAGUUCAUUCUCCAGUUGGUUGACAUCGGGGAGAAAGAAGAACUGGACUUGCAGAAAGAUUGGUCCCUGCAGACCCAGGUCAUGAAGGAGGGGCCGCUGUUCAUCCACAAGCCCAAAAGCAAAGGGCCUCUCCUCCCCGCCUCCUCCUUUAAGAAGCUCUACUUCUCGCUGACCAGCGAGGCCCUCUCCUACGCCAAGACAACCAACUCCAAGAAGAGCUCCUUCAUCAUGCUGUCCAACAUCCAGGCAGCGGAGAAGGUGGAAGAGAAGAGCUUCGGCAACUCGCACGUCAUGCAGAUCGUCUACGCCAAUGAGGCUGGGCAGGCAGAGACAGCCUACCUGCAGUGCAAGUGCGUCAACGAACUCAACCAGUGGCUGUCGGCCCUGCGGAAGGUCUGCGUGAAUAACACGGGGAUGCUCUGCUCCUACCAUCCGGGCGUCUUCCGGGGAGACAAGUGGAGCUGCUGCCACCAGAAGGACAAAACAGGCCUUGGCUGUGACAAAACACGGCAUGGAGUAACUCUGCAGGAGUGGAAUGACCCCUUGGAUCCAGACUUAGAGGCUCACCUGAUAUUCCAGCACCUGUUAGGAGUACAGGAGCUGAUGAGGGGAAGGUACCUGGAGUUGCGGAGUCUGGAGCAAGGUGGAAACCCCGGCCUGAACCCAAGUGAAGGAUUACAAUAAAUAAGGAUACAAAAGUACCAAAUGCCUGCCUAUUUACCAUCAACAAGGAGGACCACACACUUGGGAACAUCAUUAAGUCGUCAGUAAUGAUGCUUGUUUUACAAUAAAAAUGUAUUGUGUUGCAGAAAACCAGCAUCUGGCGAAAACUGGGGAGAUUGCCAAGGGAGUUACAGGCAGUUAUUGAAAGACCCCCAAGUACUCUUUGCUGGGUAUAAGGUCCCACACCCCCUUGAGCAUAAGAUCAUCAUUCGGGUUCAGACCACUCCCGAUUACAGUCCCCAAGAAGCUUUCACCAGUGCCAUCACAGAU